AAAAAAAUCACGGAAUCACGGAAGAGAUUCUGCAGUCCUACUAGUUUGGCAAGUUCUCUGCGCUUAAAGCUGCGUAGAAAGGCGGAGAACAGGGCACUAACUCCUAUUUGCUCACAUUUGUACACUUCUCUGGUCCCGCAGACGGUAAACGAGAGAGGAGUCAUGGAGGAUGCCAUUAAAACCAUGGUGAAGGUCUACCUGAAGUCGUCCAAAGGAAAGGAGAGUCUAGGAAAGAAAGAAUUCCAAAACCUUGUCAAGAGCCAGCUUGGCAACAUCCUCUCGGAUGCAGACAGUAAUGAGGCCAUCAAACAAAUGGGUCAGGAGCUGGAUUCUAACCAUGACGGCAAACUUGGCUUUGAGGAGUACAUGAAGCUGGUUGGCUACCUGGCAGUGUCACUCAGCGAACAGCGCAGUUCGGCCCAACAAGAGCCGGCCCAAAACGCAACCGCCACAGAAGGGGUACAAAGCGCCGCCGCAAACAAGGAGGAGAAACCAGAAGCGAACGCAGAAGCAAAGGAGGAGGCCAAACCAGAGGUCAAAGAGGAGGAGGCCAAAGCAGAAACACCUGCAGUAGAAGCCAAGGUAGAAGCAAACGCUGAACCAAAGGUAGAAGCAGAGGCAGAAGCAAAAGCAGAGGGGGAGACGAAGCCAGAACCGGUGAAAGAAGAAGAGAAACCGGCAGCAGAGGCACCGGCGGCGGAGACGGCAGCAGCUGCGGCCGAAGCGGUAGUCAAAGAGGAGGUGAAGGAGGAGGAAACGGUAAAAGUGGAGGAAGCGACGGAGAAUCCGCCUGCAGCUGCGGAAGAGGAAGGGGAGAAGAAGACAGAGGAGGCGGCCUCAUAGGGGACAAUCCAUCACUACAGCCAAAGCACACGACAUGCUUAGACUCAACACUACACAACACACAGCAUUAGCAAAGUCAAAGUCAGACGGUGAGCCACUAAAGAUGUUUUUUUACUACACGCAACUUUGAAAUAGAAAAUAGAAAAUAAAAGUAAAAACACUACGAACAUAGCUCUGAAGAAAAUACAUCCCUUAUAUAUGAUAAUAAAAAAAAAACAUGUACAUGACAGUAGAACUAUUGCUUUGUACUACUACUUACCACUAUGUCCAUAUGUACAGCAUGUGCAUCAUAUUAUAUCGAACAUUUACCUCAUUAUGAUAAUAUACUAUGAUAGCAUGCAGACAUACACUACAUGUGCAUGCCAAAUCCCCUGUGAAAAGUAGGUUUUCCCCUGCAGCAGCACACUGACAUAUGUGUCCUUGUGGUCACUAAACACACCACUGCAACUGAGGCGUCCCCUUCCUCAACUUGUCAUGCAGCCAUAACAUUUCUGCAGUCGAACAUCAGCAGUUUACACCCUCUACUAAUGGCUUAAAGGUUCCACGAACACUUGUUUCCAUAUGGUUGAAGUGAACAUUUAAAAAAAAAAAAAAAAAAAGACAAUGCAAAGUAGGUGUGUUUCCAUCAGUUUGUUUGGUCUGUGUUCAUCUUUAAGGGAGGAAACAGUUGAUGUGGGGUGAAUGUUUGCUUAUUUGGAAAAAAAGAUGUUUCCCAUUAACAUGUGGCAUUAACUGUUUUUUUUUUUUUUUUUCAAAACCGCUUCAAGCAAGUGUGAAAACUUUUUUUUUGCGAAAUUGAAGUUUUUUCACUUUCCAUCCACUUUUUCUCACUUUAAAAUGCAGAAAUACGUUGAUGGAAACACCUUUAUGCUCUCACCUUUUAACUCACUUUGCUUUGGAGCUGAUUUAGCAUGACAAUCUAAUAAACAAUCUAUUUUGCUGAAUCUUUGCAUUCCCUAAUGGUUCUGUACUUUUAAAUCCCAUCAUGUACUUUUCUUUUUUUUUUUUCUGUUUCUGGUCUCCUCACGUUGGCUCUCUGUCUCUUUUCUCUUUAUAAAUCCACUUGCAAUGAUUUAACCUUCUGUUCAUUAUCUCACUUGUAGAAAGCCAUAGAUUAGAGGCUGAAAGAUCAUAUGAGGUCCUUAGUUAAAUAAUUAAGGUUCUAGGAAUCCACACCCGAGGACUCUCACAGCCAAAAAAAAAAAAAAAAAAAGGGUCCCGUGGAGUGGGCUGAUGGUUAGAGGAGCAGGUCAGAAGUGUUCAUGCAACCUAAUCCACCGGGAUUAGAAGUGCUAAAAAUAACAAGAUACAAACACUGAGAUGCCGAGAGGACACUUUACAGGGGUCACUUGAUUGUUCUUAGAUACUCUGUUAGUGUGCGCUACAGUAUUUAUAUUGGUCAAGCUCAACUGAUCGAACCAUAAGGUGCUGGACCGUAAAGAGAACAGGUCUGAAAACUUGACAUUUGCUCAUCAUUUCUUGUUGUUUUUUCCGCUGGUUCUUGCUCCAUUUGUUCAGGUUUGUGCAUUUGUUUGCCGGUCACACCCUCAUACAGUUUAAUAACCCUGUUUGACCUGCAACUGGAUCCUGAUGUCCCAGGCUUUGGGACGCUGCUGGAUUAAGCAUUUGAUGGGUAACACACCCUAGGGCACAAACAAUUACAUGAAAGUAAUCCCAGGCUUCAGCGAUCCUGCCCUUUUAGAUGAGGUGGUAGUGUCAGAGAGAUACUUUUGUUGUGUGUUUUAAGCCAAAAUAGAAUACUGAGCCAUCAACAUGAAUUUAUGUGGCAUGAUCUUUUAUGCCAGUGUAAUGCAUACGACAUUGCAUGCUAUCAGAAAUUUAUUUUGUUUUGACAUUACCAUUGUAUUAACAUUGUCGUGGCCAUUACUUAAUUUAUACACGGCCGUAAAUUUCUGCUACUACUUUGUAUUUAACUUUUUCUUAUUUGGACCACUAUGGGUAUCACUUGAAAAAAAGAAAAAAAAAACAUGUACUUCUGUGUCACAUUAUAUGCAAUUUGUUAAUUACAUUUUAA